CAGCACCUCCCCGACCUCACUGAGGUUUCUGUUUUAUUUCUCACUUGGUGGGGAGGGGGGAACCAAAACCGUUUGGUCUCCCCAUGCCCCCUUCACCCGUUGACCCCAUUUGUACCAGCAGACUAAGGAUCUACUUUCCUUCGCCUCAAUGAAAGCGGCCUUUUCCGUCCAAAUAUAAAAAGACUCCAGGAUCUCAAGAUGGAUUAUAAUUCCUACAGUGGAGUUCCCAGGUUCUUAACGAGGCCUAAGGCCUUCGUGGUAUCCAUGGGGAAAGAUGCCACUCUAAGUUGCCAAAUCAUUGGAAACCCCAUUCCGCUGGUGAGCUGGGAGAAAGAUAAACUUCCUAUCCAGACAGGGGGAAGGUUUAAAAUGGUGGAAGAUGGCGACUUGUAUCGUCUGACGAUUUAUGACUUGGGCCUGGAGGACAGCGGCCAGUAUAUCUGCAGGGCCAAGAACACCAUCGGGGAAGCUUUUGCUGCUGUCAGUAUCAAAGUUGGAGAGCAAACCACGGUGACCGAAUCGGCCCCUUACUUCAUUCAGAAACCUACUUCUAUCAGAGUGAUCAUGGGGGAAGACGCUAUGUUCAAAUGCAUUGUUCAGGGCAGCCCUCCACUGUCUGUGAACUGGGAGAAAGAUGGGAGACACCUGGGUGGGCGAUCGGAGUCUAACCGUAUCCAGAUUGACUCUCAGGGGGAGAAAAAUGCACUGAAGAUCCAAAGUACACGGUUAGUGGAUAGUGGAACCUACACUUGCCGGGCAGAGAACCCUCUUGGGGCUGCUAGUGCUGCUGCUGCAUUGGUUGUGGAUACGCCAGAUUCUUACAGCCCCGGUGGUACUCGGCACAACGUAGACAUAGGCUAUACCAAGACUUCACCGCUGCUGUCUCACUUGCAAAAACGCCGGGAAGAGAUCAGAAAGACAGACCUAUCCACUACUGACUCGGUGAUCUCUACUGCAUACUCCUCCACAGAAGGGCGAUCAAAAAUUGGCUUGAACCUCUCCCUGGAUUAUGAGAGGGCUGCCAGCUUGACUGCCAAGGGCUUCCGGGGUGAUGGUUCUUCCUAUGGUAUCGCAACACGUAGCUUCACCGUUACAGAGGGGAAACACGCCAAGAUGAGCUGCUAUGUUACAGGCGAACCCAAGCCAGAAAUUGUUUGGAAAAAGGAUGGAGAAGUAAUCCUUGAAGGGCGACGGCACAUCAUCUACGAGGAUGAACAGGAGAAUUUUGUGCUGAAGAUCCUCUUUUGCAAGCAGGUCGAUAACGGUCUCUAUACUUGUACGGCUUCCAACCUGGCCGGGCAGACCUACAGUUCUGUGCUGGUCACAGUCAAAGAACCGAGAAUUCCCUUCAAAGUGAAGCUAAGAGACUUGGAAGUUCGGGAAAAGGAAUCGGCUACUUUCCAAUGUGAGGUCCCUGUCCCCAGCACAGAAACCACCUGGUUCAAAGAAGAGACAAAACUCCAGCAGAGCACAAAGUAUGACAUCGAAGAACGAGGGACAUAUCGGAAGCUGACAGUCCAGAAUGUAACCAUGGAUGACGAUGCAGUCUAUAUCUGUGAAAUGAAAGAGGGUAGCAGAACCAUUGCUGAAUUGAGUGUCCAAGGGAAUAUUAUUAAGAAACUUCCAAGGAAGACCGCUGUCAGCGUAAAAGACACUGCUAUAUUCUGCGUGGAACUGGAAAACAAGUGCCAGAAAUUCCGAUGGCUGAAGAACAAAGAAGAACUGAAGUCCAGCAAUCGAAUCACCAUCACAUCGUCCGGCAAGGAGUACAGCAUGAUAAUCCGGGAUUGUAAAAUGGAGGACACGGGAGAGAUCGUUUUUGUGGCCGAUGACUGCAGGACAUCCACCCAGUUUACUGUAUCUGCUCCAAAGAAGCCUCCAUCUCAUCCCCCAGUUGACCCAGUGGUGAAAAAUAAAACAGAAACCUCAGUGACGUUAGCCUGGUGCCCUCCGAAGAUGGAACGCCCCAUACCCAUUGAUGGCUAUUUGGUGGAACGCAAGAAGCUGACGGGGUUCAGUUGGCAGAGGUGCCACGAAUCCCUCGUCUCUGCAACUGAAUUCGCAAUGAGCAACCUCGCCGAAGAGUCUGACUACCACUUCCGAGUCUCAGCAGUCAACAACUAUGGCCAGAGUGAUUACCUCGAGUUCCCAGGAACUCUGCACCUUGAACCUGUGUUGGCUGUGAGAACCCCGCUGAAAGAUACAGAAGUAUCUCCAGGCAGGGACGCGACUUUUACUGUCGACUUCACUAAAACCUGUUCCGGCUCGUGGUAUCUGAAUGGCAAAAUCAUACAGAGCAGCGACAAAUACAUCAUUACAAGGACUCAAACGACCCACAGCCUCACCAUCAAGAGGGUGACCAGAAGUGACAAGGUAGCAGAAGUGAAGUUUGUCACCAGUGAUAUUGAAACCACUGCCAAGAUAAGACUGAGAGAGGAAGCAGCAAAGUUUAUGGACACAGCUGGAUCAGCCCCUGGAAUUUCAGUCAGGCUCUCUGAGAAAUUUGAGUUGGUUUGUGAGGUGUCAUCCCCAAAUGAUUCUGUUGUGUGGAAGAAGGGUCAGAAGGAGAUUAGACCGGACGAGAGAACGGGAUUCACUUUUCAGGGAACACAACGGAAACUCAUUGUCAGGGAUGCUAAACGACAUGAUGAAGGGAUCUACACUUGUGAAACUAAGGAUGACAAGCUAACAUUCCAUGUUGAGGUGAAAGAGCCCGAGGAAGCAUUUGCUAACAAGGAGCAGGUACAGAAAGAGGUGAAGGCCGUAAUUUCAGAAAAUGCCUGCCUCAGCUGUGAGGUGUCCCAGGCCAAGACAGAAGUGAAGUGGUUCAAGGACGGGAAGUUGAUCACCUCCAGCAAGAAAUUCAAGGUAGAAUCUGAAGGCCGAUCCCGACGGCUGAUUGUGCAACAAGUGGAGAAGAAGGAUGCCGGAGAUUACACUUGUGAGGCCGCCGGCCAAAAACUCACCUUCAGAGUCAUUACUACAGAAGCCGAGGAUGUGUUUGCCAACCAGGAGAAAGUACAGAAGGAAGUGAAGGCUGUCCUUUCAGAAAAUGUCUGCCUCAGCUGUGAGGUAUCCCAAGCCAAGACAGAAGUGAAAUGGUUCAAGGACGGGAAGUUGAUCACCUCCAGCAAGAAAUUCAGGGUAGAAUCUGAAGGCCGAUCCCGACGGCUGAUUGUGCAACAAGUGGAGAAGAAGGAUGCCGGGGAAUACACCUGUGAGGCCGCCGGCCAAAAACUGACCUUCAAAGUUGUUGCUACAGCAGUGGAAGCCGAGGAUGUGUUUGCCAACCAGGAGAAAGUACAGAAGGAGGUGAAGGCCGUCCUUUUGGAGAACGCCUGCCUCAGCUGUGAGGUGUCCCAAGCCAAGACAGAAGUGAAGUGGUUCAAGGACGGGAAGUUGAUCACCUCCAGCAAGAAAUUCAAGUUAGAAUCUGACGGCCGAUCCCGACGGCUGAUUGUGCAACAAGUGGAGAAGAAGGACGCCGGGGAAUACACCUGUGAGGCCGCCAGCCAAAAACUGACCUUCAAAGUUGUUGCUACAGCAGUGGAAGCUGAGGAUGUGUUUGCCAACCAGGAGAAAGUACAGAAGGAGGUGAAGGCCGUCCUUUCGGAGAACGCCUGCCUCAGCUGUGAGGUGUCCCAGGCCAAGACAGAAGUGAAGUGGUUCAAGGAUGGGAAACUGAUCACCUCCAGCAAGAAAUUCAGGGUAGAAUCUGAAGGCCGAUCCCGACAGCUGAUUGUGCAACAAGUGGAGAAGAAGGAUGCCGGGGAAUACACCUGUGAGGCCGCUGGCCAAAAACUGACCUUCAAAGUUGUUGCUACAGCAGUGGAAGCCGAGGACGUGUUUGCCAACAAGGAGAAGGUACAGAAGGAGGUGAAGGCCAUCCUUUCAGAGAACGCCUGCCUCAGCUGUGAGGUGUCCCAAGCCAAGACAGAAGCGAAGUGGCUCAAGGACGGGAAGCUGAUCACCUCCAGUAAGAAAUUCAGGGUAGAAUCUGACGGCCGAGCCCGACGUCUGACUGUGCAACAAGUGGAGAAGCAGGAUGCCGGGGAAUACACCUGUGAGGCCGCCGGCCAAAAACUGACCUUCAAGCUUAAUGUCACAGAAGCUGCAGAUAUAUUUGUUAAUAAGGAGAAGGUGCAGAAGGAGGUGAAGGCUGUCUUGAAGGAGAGCAUCACCUUGUCCUGUGAAGUGGCCAGUGCCGAGACGCAGGUGAAAUGGUUCAAAGAUGGGAAACCCCUCAGCUCCAGCAAAAAAUUCAAGGUGGAGACGGACGGCACCUCCCGAAAACUGGUCCUCGAGCAGGUGGAGAAGAAAGAUGCUGGGCAGUAUGUUUGCGAAGCUGCUGGUCAAAAAUUGACUUUCAAGGUGGAAGCCGUAGAACCAGAGCCAAAGUUCCAAAAGCAAGUCGCCCAAGAGGAGCCGGUUGUCAUUCAGGAGCAUAAGAGCAUCAACCUGACCACGACCGUAGUGCCCGAUAAUGCCGAGGUCAAAUGGUUCAAGGAUGGAACCGAAAUCAAAGGCAACAAGAAGUAUGAGUUCAGAAAAGAAGGGGCUUCUCGAUCCCUGACUGUGAAGCUGGCGGAGGAGAAGGACACGGGCGUGUAUACUUGCGAGACCAAAGGUGACAAACAGCAGUUCCAGGUGCAAGUGCAAGAAAUUCCCGUGAAAAUUGCCAAGAAGUUGGAGCCAGUUAAAGCUGAGAUCGGAGGGACGCUAACUCUGAGCUGUGAACUGAGCAAGCCCAGGGGCGAAGUUGUCUGGCGCAAGGACGGAGUGGAGCUUAAAGCUAACAAGCGCUACCAAAUGCACGAGAUUGGUGAAAAACGUGUCCUGGUGGUGACGGGGCUUCGGACAGAAGACAAAGGAGAAUACUGCUGUGAAACAAGAGAUGACAAGUGCAGCAUUCAUGUCACCCCCAUAGUUCCUAGAGUGGUGAAGUUUGUGAAAGGCCUCCAUAACAUGGUAGCUGAAGAAGGCAAAGAGGCUGUCCUCAAGUGCACAGUUUCCCCCAGUGACGCUGCUGUCACAUGGAGCUGCAAUGGAGCCAAAAUCGAGGCCAGUAAGAAAUACGUGAUCGCUCACAAGGACACAAGCCACAGCCUCACCAUCACCAACUUGACCCUGAAGGAUUCUGCUGAAAUCGCAGCAGAAGCAGAAGGAGUGGAAAGCAGAGCGACGCUCAAGGUGGAAGAGGCACCGGUGUUAUUCCUGAAGAAACUGGAGACCAAAUCUGUUGAGGAGAAAGAGACCGUGACUCUAGAAGUGGAGCUGAGCAAGCCAACCGCGGAGGUGAAGUGGAUGAAGAACAGUAGCGUGCUCCAUCCGAAUGCCAACAUGGAGGUCAAGGCUAACGGGACAAAGCAUAGCCUGGUGAUUAAAAGCGCCACCUAUGCGGAUCGGGGCUUUUAUUCCUGCGAGACCCUCCAUGACAAGACCCAGGCAAAAGUAAAUGUGGAAAUGAGGCCCAUCAAGCUGGCGAAAGGCUUGCAGCAGGUGGACGUCCACGAGAAAGACUGUGCCACUUUUGAGGUGGAACUGUCCCAUGAGAACGUGGAGGCAACCUGGAUGAAGGAUGGCUUGAGGCUGAAAGCACAGGACAACUGCCGCAUCAGCGUUCAGGGGAAGAAGCAUUCGCUGACUCUGUCUUCCCUUGCUCUUGAGGACUCUGGCCUUGUCUCCUUCAAGGCAGAAGGGGUCCACUCGACGGGCAGACUUCAUGUGACAGAACGGCCGGUGAAAAUAACCAAGCCUUUAGUAGACAUCAAAGCUCAGAACAAGGAUGAUGUAACCUUUGAGUGUGAAGUUUCCAGGUCGAAUGCAAAUGUGAAGUGGCGCAAGGAUGGAAUCGAACUACGACCAAGUAAAAAACUGGGAAUCAUUUCCCGAGGGACAAAGAGAAGCCUCAUAAUUCACAACUGUGAAUACGAAGAUCAAGGAAAAUAUAUGUGUGAUGCUGUUGAUGACAAGAGUCUGGCCACUUUGGAAGUCCAUGCUCGAGAUAUCAAGAUCGUGAAGCCCUUGGAAGACGUGGAAGUGACUGAAAAAGAGAGCGCGUCUUUCCUCUGCGAAAUCUCACACGACGAUGUACAGACUCAGUGGUACAGUAACGAAAAUAAAAUUCGGGCUGGAGACAACAUCAAGCUGCGUCAAGAAGGGAAGAGUUACGCCCUCGUCUACAAAAGCGUGGAAGUGCAGGAUUCUGCAGAGAUCAAAUUUGUUGCGGAAACAGCAGAAUCCAGAGCACAACUUAAAGUGAAUGAGCUGCCUGUAAAGAUUAUAAAACCUCUCCGCAUUAAGAUCGCUCUUGAGAAACAUCGGGGCUUUUUGGAGUGCCAAGUGUCUCGUCCCAAUGCUGAGGUCACAUGGUACAAGAACAACCAAGAGAUCCAGCCGAGCCAAAAGUACGAGAUUGUGAGCGACGGGGUCUACAGGAAGCUGAUAAUCAAUGACACGGAGUUCGACGAUGAGGAUAUUUACACCUGUGAUGCCAUUGAUGAUAAAUGCAGUGCUCAGUUCUACGUAGAAGAGCAAUCGAUUAACAUUGUGAAGGAGCUGCGGGACGUGGAGGUGACAGAGCCGGCGGAAGCCAGGUUUGAGUGCGAAAUCUCCAUCCAUUCCGUGAGGCCCCCCAAGUGGUCUCUCCGUGGAGAGCUCCUGCAGGCUAGCAAGGACGUCGUGAUGGAGCAAGAGGGGACCCUCCACCGCCUGAUCCUGAAAAAGACCGACGCAGACAUGACGGGCACCAUCCAGUUUGCAAUUGGCAAAUCAAAGUCCUUGGCCAACUUGGUCGUGAAAGAUCUUCAAGUAACCAUUACCAGGCCCCUAGAAGACAAAGUUGUUCUGGAAACUCAUUCAAUUGUACUCUCUUGUGACUUCAAGCCUUCACCAAAGACCGUAGAAUGGUACAAAGACCACACCCGUGUUGAGCCCUCUGAGAGAUUUAAACCCAAGAGGGAUAAGAAUACGGCGGAACUCAAAAUCUUGAGGCUGAAUAUUGGAGAUUCUGGUGUCUACAAAUGCAGAGCUGGGAAUGCAGAGACCAAAGCCAAACUGACUGUUUUGGACCGCAAAGUGGAGAUAACCAAACACCUACAGGAUGUGGAAAUUGAAGAGGAGAGCUGCGCUGUUUUCUCCUGCGAACUGUCUGAGGACAACGAGGAGGUCGAAUGGUUCCUCAAUGACACACACCUUUACCCCAAUAACUUCAAUGAGAUCAAGAGUGUGGGCAAGUGUCACUCCCUGACGUUGAAGCACGUCAUGCCGGAAGAUGCAGGGACGGUAACGGUCAAGGUGCAGAAGAGAUUCUCUGAGAGUGCUCGGUUGAAGGUGAAAGAUAAGCCUGCCGUCUUCAUGAAGUCCCUGGAUGACGUUGUAGGGGAGGAACGUGGUACAGUCACACUGGAGUGCGAGGCCUCCAAGCCAAAGGUCAAGCCAAUCUGGAAAAAGGAGGGUGUGGAACUCACCGCAGGAGACAAAUAUGAGAUGCUGCAGGCGGGAAAGACAUUGGGUCUUACCAUCCAUGACCUGAGCAAGAGCGAUGCCGGAUUGUAUACGUGCGAUCUUGGUACUGAAGUCGCCAAAUCACAAGUCAGCGUUCAAGAACUGAAUAUUGGCAUCACUAAACGUCUAAAGAGCGUUGAAGUUUUGGAAGGAGAGAGCUGCAGCUUUGAAUGCGUUCUCUCCCAUGAAAGUGUUGAAGACUGCCAUUGGCUAGUCAACGGAACUGAAGUGGGCCAGGAUGGACGGGUCAGAGCUUUCAACAAAGGGCGGAAAUAUACCCUCAAUAUCAAAAAGGCCCGACCUUCUGAUGCAGGAGAUGUGGUUUUCUCGGUCCAUGACUUAAACUCCAAAGCCACUCUAGUUGUGAAAGAAAAGCCAGCAGAAUUUACGAAGCAGCUGGAGGACAAGACAACAUCCGUGGGGCAGGAGGUUAGCCUGAGUUGCGAAACAUCCAAGUGGGAUGGCAACAUCAAGUGGUCCAAAGAUGGAAAAGAGAUUCGGAGGAGCCAAAAGUUUGACCUGCGCCACGAGGGAACCCGGGCGAUAUUGAUCAUCCAUGAUGCGUCGGUCAAGGAUAGCGGCGUAUACACGUGUGAGACAGAGAUUUCCAAAACCAAAGCAACUCUUACUGUAGAAGAAGCAGGGAAUCGCUUCAUUAAAGAUCUUUCAGACCUGAAGGUGGAUGAAAACAAAAAAGCUGUUUUUACGUGUGAAACCAAGAAGCCAACUUCCACAGUGACGUGGAGGAAAGGAAUUGCCGACCUUAAGGCAAGCAAAAAAUACGAGAUGAGCCAGAAGGAAAACGUCCUGCAACUCACAGUGAAUGAACUACAAGAAAAUGACAGCGACAUCUAUACGUGUGACAUUGGUGAUUCUCAGUCAAGCGCCAAACUGGUUGUGCAAGCUCUGCCAGUUGUUUUUGAACGACAGCUGCAAAACAGAGACGCUAAAGAAGGAAGCAAGGUCCGCCUUACCUGUGAGCUUAGCAAACCAGACCUGCCUGUACAGUGGAUGAAAGGAAAUGAAGUUCUGCAGGAGGGCGAAAAGUAUGAAUUUAAGCAACGGGGCACCGUGGCGGAGCUUGUCAUUCGGAAUGCGAAGCCCACCGAUGCAGGAGAAUAUACCUGCAGUGCUGGCGAGCUCAAGACGUCUGCUAAUGUGGAAGUAAUGGCGGCGCCAAUCCUUUUUAAGGAAGAGCUCAAGGAUAUGGAAAAGGAAGAAGGGGACAUGGUAGCUCUACGCUGUGUCCUUGCCGAGCCCGACAUUCCUGUGAGCUGGAAGAAAGGGAUGACUGUUCUUCGGGCUGGCGAGAAGUAUGAGAUGAAGCAGGAGGGGUGUGUGGCGGAACUGGUCAUUCACGGUGCAGAGCCGGAGGAUGCUGGGAGAUAUUUCUGCGACACCGGAGAGCAGCAGACAAUGGCUCAGAUCAAAAUCCGUGCUGUCCCUGCCCGUUUCAAAGAACUGCUACAGAACACAGAAGCUGUCCAGGGGGGAUCAAUCACUUUGCGCUGCGAGCUGAACAAGUCUGCUCCGGUGGAGUGGAUGAAGGGGCGCAAAGGUCUGAGGCCAAGCAGCAAAUACAGGAUGAAGAAAGAGGGAACCGUUGCAGAGCUGACCGUUGAAGAUCUGGACCUGAAGGAUGCUGGAGACUACACGUGCACAUCUGGAGACCAAAAGACAACAGCUGUCUUAACAGUGAAUGCCUUAGCGGCGCAGUUCAAAAAAGAGCUAAAGAACGAGGAAGCCACAGAGAGUGGGACAGCCACUCUGCACUGUGAACUGACCAAGGCCGUCGACUCUGUGGACUGGAUGAAGGAUCAACAGGUGCUGAAGCCCAGCGACAAAUACAGAAUGAGGCUGGAAGGACGCUUUGCUGAGCUCACCAUCCAAGACCUGGAGUUGACAGAUGCUGGAAACUACACCUGCAUGUGCGGAGAGCAGAAGACCACUGCAGCUUUGAAAGUGAAUGCCCUGCCUGUUUUUUUCCAAGAAGAGCUCAAAAACACAGAGGUUACAGAGGGCGAGACGGCCACAUUGCAUUGCAGGUUGAGCAAGGCGGCCCAAGUGGAAUGGCAGAAAGGGAUCAGGGCUAUCAAGCCAGGUGACAAAUUCCAAAUAAAGCAGGAGGGCCCAUGUGCUGAGCUGCUGAUCCGUGACUUGGAUGCGACAGACUCGGGGGACUACACUUGUGUUUGUGGAGGACAGAAAACGACAGCGACCCUGACCGUGAAUGUCCUGCCUAUACUUUUCACCAAGCCCUUGAAGGAUGAAGAAGCUACAGAGGGCAAGAAUGCCACUCUGCGUUGUGUAUUGAACAAAGCCUCUGCUGCCGUUGAGUGGAAGAAAGGACACAAGGCCCUUAAGCCGGGCAACAAAUACAAAAUGAGGCGCGAAGGUGCCCUUGCUGAGUUGGUUAUCCAAGCCCUCGAACCAGCAGAUUCUGGAAGUUACAGCUGUGUUUGUGGAGGCCAACAGACCAUGGCAUCUUUGGAAGUCAAGGCCCUGCCAGUGCUAUUCAAAGAAGGCCUCAAGAACAGAGAGGCCAUGGAAGGUACCACAGCCACUCUGCAUUGUGAAAUGACCAAAGCUGAGGCCGAAGUGAAGUGGAGAAAAGGAGCCCAAACCCUCAAGCCGAGCGAUAAGUACCGGAUGAAGCAGGAAGGGGCCAAAGCGGAGCUGCUGAUCCGUGAUCUCCAGGUAGAGGACACGGGAGAUUAUGCCUGUGUUUGUGGAGACCAGAAGACAGCAGCUGUCUUGACCGUCCAUGCUUUGCCUGCACAUUUCCAAGAAGAGCUCAAAAGCUGUGAAGUGACAGAAGGUGGACUGGCUGCUCUACGUUGCAAACUAAGCAAAGCUGCUCCGGUGGAGUGGAUGAAAGGUGGAAAACUGCUAAAGCCCAGUGACAAAUACAAAAUGAAACAAAAAGACACCGUUGCUGAGCUGACUGUACAUGACGUCACUGAGGCGGAUGCUGGAGAUUAUAUGUGUGUGUGUGGAGACCAGAAGACUUCUACGUCUGUAACUGUGCUUGCCCUCCCUCCACGUUUCAAGAAAGAGCUGAAGAACCAGGAGGCUGCAGAGGGUGGGACAGCUAACCUGCAGUGUGAGCUGACCAAGGCUGCCGGUCCAGUGGAGUGGAGGAAGGGCAAUCAGGUGCUCAAGCCAAGUGACAAAUACGAAAUGAAGCUGGAGGGCAGACUUGCCGAGCUUGUCGUUCACAGUUUGGAACUGGCCGAUGCUGGAGAUUACAGCUGCACAUUUGGGGACUGGAAGACCUCGGCCUCCUUGACAGUGAAUGCCCUCAAGCCUGAAUUCCAGCAGCAACUGAAGAACCAGAAAGCCGAAGAAGGAGGGACAGCCAAGUUGCGUUGUGAGGUAACGGUAGCAAAGGCCAAAGUGGAGUGGAGGAAAGGUGGUGUGGUUCUCCAGUCGGGCUCUAAAUAUGAAAUUAGAGAAGAAGCUACCAGCCGUGAGCUGCUCAUUCACAGCCUGGAGCCGAAAGAUGGUGGAGAAUAUUCGUGCAUUGUCGGGGAUCAAACAACAUCUGCUACUCUAACCGUGAAAGAACUUGACAUCACCAUCAUCAGGGGUCUGAAGAAUGCCGAGGUGUUCGAGGAGGAAGAUGUGACCUUUGAGUGCAAAGUUUCGCAUGACAACGCAAGGGAUGUGGAGUGGAAGUUGCAGGACGCCUCCCUGCAGAGCAAUGAGAUGAAUGAGAUCUUGGUCGAAAAAGGCAGGGUCCAUAUACUGAAGCUGAAGAAGGUCACCCAGCAGGAUUCUGGGACUGUCACCUUCCGGGUUGGACCGUACACCUCCACAGCACAGCUCACAGUGAAAGCACCCCUUCCCUUCUUUAAAGAAAAGCUAGAGAACAAAGAGCUGCAGGAGGAAAGCACAGCCCUCCUGCGAUGCGAAGUCUCCCAGCCCGACGUCUCAGCAACAUGGAAAAAAGGCACCCAGGUGAUUUCUCCCAGCUCCAAAUACGAAAUGAAACAAGAAGGAACAACACACAUCUUGAAAAUUUAUGAUCUGAAAACAGAAGACUCUGGCAAAUACACCUGCGACAUCGGAAAUGAGAAGACCGUGGCAGUGAUAGCUGUUGAAGCCCUUCCAGCACUUUUUGAAGCCGAGCUCGAGAACCAAGAAGUUGAAGAAGGCUCAAUGGUCACUCUCCGGGCUCAGCUCUCCAAACCCAAUGUGCCGGUGAAGUGGAGCAAAGGCUCCACCAAACUGCGAGCCAGCGAGAAGUACGAGAUGAGGCAACAAGGUUCCACAGUCGAGCUUCUCAUUCACGAUGCACAGCCAGAAGACUCGGGGGACUACACCUGCGACUCUGGUGACCAGCAGACGAAUGCGUCAUUGCUUGUAAACGCUUUGCCGGUGCUUUUCAUUAAGCCGCUUGAGAAUCUGGAGGCAGAAGAGGGUGGCAUAGUCACCCUGAGCUGUGAGAUCUCUAAACGUGGAGCAGCUGUGCAGUGGAAGAAAGCAGGGUCUCUGUUACACUCCAGCGACAAGUACAAGAUGAAGCAAGUUGGAGCUUUGGUGGAACUGACUGUCUGCAAACUGAGCGCCUCCGACGGUGGGGAGUAUACUUGUGACACUGGAGACCAGAAGUCUACUGCAGCUCUGCUAGUAAAAGAACCACCAGUCACGAUAGUGGAUGCUUUGAAAGACAUAGCCUUGUUCGAAAGUGAAGAUGCCGUAUUUCAGUGCAAGGUCUCUCGGGAGAAGGCUACGGAUGUGCAGUGGAGUCUGGGAGGUGUGCCUCUCCAGUCCAAUGAAAUGAACGAAAUCGCGGUUCAAGGGAAGCUUCACACUUUAACCCUCCGGAAGGUGACACUCGAAGACUCUGGUGUGGUCAGUUUCCGAGUGGGUCAGCAUUCAUGUGACGCCCAGCUGACUGUGCAGGCUGCCCCGGUCAUCUUUAUAAAGCAGCUAGAGAAUACGGAAGUAGAAGAGAACGGCACAGUCAUCUUCCGCUGUGAGCUUUCCAAGCCUAGUACCCACGUGGAAUGGAAGAAAGGUUCUUCCGUGAUCCAACCCAGCCAGAAGUUUGAAAUCAAGGUGGAAGGAAAUGCCCACAUCUUGACAAUUCAUGACGUAAUCCCUGAAGACUCGGGAGAAUACAGUUGCAAUACAACUGAUAGGACAACCACAGCUAGGCUGAAGGUUAAAGCUCUCCCUGUGCUUUUCAAACGCCGCCUCCAAAACAAGGAGGUUGAGGCAGGGAACACGGUGUCGCUGUGCUGUGAGCUGACCAAGCCCAUGGCUCCCGUAGUGUGGAAGAAAGGGAGUGUUGUACUUCAGCCCAGCGACAAGUAUGAGAUCAGGCAAGAAGGUAACUUUGCAGAGCUCCUGAUUUAUGACGUGGAAGCCCAGGAUGCUGGCGACUACACCUGUGAUUCACGGGACCAACAGACAACUGCCACGUUGCAAGUCAAAGUCCUGCCAGUUCUCUUUAAAGAAGAGUUGCGGAAUGUGGAAUCAGAAGCAGGCGGGCAAGCUGUCCUGCACUGUGAGAUCUCCCAGCUGGAUGCUCCUGUCGAGUGGAGGAAAGGAGCCCUGGUCCUCCAGCCCAGCGCCAAGUAUGAGAUGCGCCAGAAAGGCACCAGCGUCGAGUUGAUCAUUCAUGAUGUCGAGCCUGAGGAUUGUGGCCCUUACACGUGCAGCACAGGAGAUGAGCUAACUACUGGCGCAGUCUACGUACAAGAAGAGGAAGUGCAGAUAGUUUCUGGUUUAAAGAACACAGACGUCUUCGCGGGUGAAUCAGCCACUUUCACCUGCGAGCUCUCGCGCACCGGCGUGAAAAACGUGCAGUGGUGGCUGGAUGGAUCCCCCCUUCAGAACAGCCCUGUGAACGAGAUCUCUGUGCAAGAUGGGAAAACUCAUACUUUGACACUAAAGGAUCUGGGCCCUAAUGAUUCAGGAAUUGUGACCUUCCGAGCAGGCCCUCUCAUAUCCUCUGCUAAAUUGUUAAUUAAAGAUCCAACCAUUGAGGUGGUCAGUCCCAUGCAGGAUAUCACCGUCGAUGAAGACGGCACAGCGGAGUUCGUCUGCCAGUACUCUAGGCCUAUACAGGCCACGUGGAAGAAGAAUGACCAAGAAGUUCACGCAGAUGGCCGACGCAUCGUAAUCGAGCAGGACUGGAAUGUGGCCAAGCUGAAAUUUAAGCCUGCUCUUCCAGGCGACACCGGCAUCUAUUCUUGCGAAGCUGGAGGCACUAAAGUUGUGGCUAUGCUUGAUGUUCAAGCCAAGAACACGAUUGUCCAGGGCCUAGAGAACGUCGACGUUGUGGAAGGAGGUGAAGCCCUGUUCGAAUGUUACCUUUCCAAGCCAGAGUGCUACAAUUAUAACUGGCUGCUUGAUGAUGAACCCGCAAAGACCUCUGAAAACAUCGAGAUGGUCUAUUUUGAAAAUGGACUACGGCAUCUCCUUCUCUUGAAGAAUCUGACAACCCAAGACAGCUGCAGGGUGACUUUCCUCGCUAGUGAUGUGGUGACCUCUGCAUUCUUGACAGUAAAAGGAUGGCGCUUGGAAUUUUUGCAGCCUUUGACUGACAUUAUAGUCACUGCUGGGGGUCAAGCAAUCUUUAGCUGUGUUUUAAGUGAAGCCGUGCCCGUUAACGAGGUGGCUUGGUAUAUUAACGAUGUGGAUAUCCAAGUGGAUGAUAACUGGGAAAUCCAGGCGGAAGGGAAUAGCUACAAACUCAUACUGAAUAAUGCUCAGCCGCAUCACUCUGGAGAGGUGACGUUUGCUGCGAGGGACGCCAUUGUGUCUGCCAAGUUAUCUGUCAUAGAGUCUACUACUGGGGUCACUCAACCUUUGUUUGACAAGUCUGUUGUGGAAGGACAGAAGACUCGCUUGGAGUGUGAAUUGUCCAAAGAAGCCCAAGAUGUUGUCUGGCUCAAAGGAAAAGAACAAGUCCAGCCUGGAGGAAGAUAUGAACUUAUCUCUGAAGGCAAAACACAGGCACUCAUCAUUCAUGAUUUUAAAACAGAAGAUCAAGGAACUUACACCUGCAUGGCCUCUCCUGAGAUAAAAACGUCGGCCAGUGUUUCUGUCGAAGCCGGCAAGAUGGUGGAUGGGCAGGCACAACCCAGUUUACCACCUGAAGCUGCUCAGGAGGGAGAUCUCCACCUCUUGUGGGAAGCUCUUGGCAAGAAGCGGCGGAUGAGCAGGGAGCCAACCCUUGACUCCAUCUGUGAAGUGCCAGAAGAAGACGACAGACUUCAGAAACAGAAGAAGGAAGAAGCUGAGAUGAUCGCCCGCUACUCCGAGGAAUGUUCUACUUGUGAUGAGUCGGCAAAAGCAGGAGAAGCAGACUUCUCUUUCACGAGUUCAGAUGAUGAGUCGAGAGCCUCAACUCCUUCUCUGACUGCCUACCUCAAAAAGGCUGGCUCGUCCACUAUUAGCGUCAGCAGCAAAGUCCAGACGGUCUCUGCAGAGAAAAUCUAUAAGCAAUGGGAGAAGACGAGCAUUGAAACAACGGAACAGGCUCCUCCUGCUAAGCUGGCGGAGCCAGAAGUCCUAGAAGGAGACUUAAAUGACCCUUCCAUGGCUCAGGCAGCUGUGAAAAUCCAGGCUGCUUUCAAAGGGUAUAAAGUAAGGAAGGAGAUCAAGCAGCAGGAAUGUCCUGUGUUUGCUGAGACCUUCAAGGACUUCUCGGGUCAGCCAGGAGGCAACCUUCAUCUCGAAUGUGUGGCCCAGAGCAAAACCGAUAUGAUAGUCCGCUGGCUGAAAGAUGGUAACGAAAUUUCUGAUGGGCGCCAUUACCAUAUAGACAAUUACAACGAUGGGACCUGCUCCCUGAUUAUCACUGGCCUGGAGAUGAAUGACACGGGCAAGUACACAUGUGAGGCGUCCAAUAAAUUUGGCAAGGUCUCCCACAGUGCCAAGGUGAUGGUGACUGCCCCGCCUCAAAUACCCGUGCGUAAGCACAAACCCGCCAAGAAGGUUUCUGACAGCGAAACGGAGAGCUCUUCCGGCAGCGAGCUGGACGACGCCUUCCGGAAAGCUGGGAGGAGGCUGCAUAAGCUUUUCAAAUCCAAGAUCUCCACUGAGAUUUCAGAUGUGGAGGAGGAACUCUUUGUCAGUGCUGACGAGGGAGACAUAGCGGAAGUGGAUCAUCAAACCUACCGUGAAGAUGACAAGUACAUCUAUAUCAAGUUUGAAGUCAUGUCGGAGGCCAACACAGCAGCCAGUCGGUUUAGAGAAAUGUUUGCUGCUAUGGGUAUCGCCGUUGAGAUUGACAUCCUCGAUCAAGGAAGUAAAAAGAUCGAGUUGCGCAUAGGGAAAGCGACCCCAUCUGCUCCGGGGCAGCUACGGACCUUAGUGAAACGGCCACCACCGCCUCUGCUAACAUCUGAUACUGCUCCCAUCUUCAUAACUGAACUUCAAAACCAAGAGGUGCAGGAUGGCUAUCCGGUCAGCUUUGACUGUGUUGUGAUCGGUAAACCAACCCCUACCGUCCGCUGGUUCAAGGAUGGGAGAGUCAUCGAAGAGGAUGACCAUUACAUGAUCAACGAGGACCAGGAAGGCUGCCACCAGCUGAUCAUCACUGCGGUCAUUCCUCUCGACAUGGGGGUGUAUCGCUGUCUGGCUGAGAACAGCAUGGGGGUGUCUUCGACUAAAGCAGAGCUACGAGUGGACUUGACCAGUACAGAUUAUGAUACAGCAGGAGAUGCAACGGAGACCUCGUCCUACUACAGUGCCAAAGGGUAUUUCUCCAGCCGUGAACAAGAAGGAGUGGAAUCCAUGACGGAAGAGGAGCAGCUACCGCAGAUCUUAGACGAGCUUCAUGAUAUUCAGGUUGCCCCUGGAGCACCCUUGGCUAAAUUCCACCUGAAGGUGAAAGGGUAUCCACAGCCCCGUCUCUACUGGUUCAAAGACGGGCAGCCGUUGCACGCAUCAGACCGAAUCCUAAAGACAGAUAAAAGAGAGUUUCACGCCCUUGAAGUUCUCAACGUCACAAAGAAGGACGCUGGACAAUACUCAGUGUUUAUCAGCAACUCUGCCGGUUCUGCGUAUUCAGCAGCCAGGAUGCUGGUCAAAGGUCCCGGCGAGGAAGAAGAGAAACCAGAAAAAGAUGUCCAUGAACAGCUGGUACCGCCAAGAUUCCUGGAAAGAUUUACCAAUAAAAAAGUGAAGAGUGGGGUCAGCAUUACCCUUUCUGUGAAAGUUGAAGGAAUUCCAGCUCCUGCUGUGACGUGGUUGAAGGAGGAGUACCAUGGAGAAGACAUCCUUUGGAUCAAGUCAGACACUCCUGGAUAUAAACUGGCCAGUUCCAACAUGCAGCAUAGCCUCAUCUUGCUGGACGUCAAAAAGGAGUACAGUGGAAAUUACACCUGCAUUGCCUCCAAUCAGGCUGGCCAGUCCAUCUGUAGUGCCUCCCUCGAAGUUUCGGACGUGAAAGAGGCUGAAGUUCUGACCCAGGAGCGAAUGAUGGUGACCGAGGCUCUAAUGACCACUUUAGGAUAUGAAGAAGGCAAGGAAAGGAAAGACCAUGGAGUUGGCAUUUCAGCUCACCCUCCAGAAACCAGGAAAGGAGAAAAAGAAGCCAUCAAGAGCCACAUCUCGCUUGCCGAAGUUGGGACAGAGGAAUUCCUCCAGAAACUGACAUCACAGAUAACGGAAAUGGUAUCUGCAAAGAUAAGUCAAGCCACACUUCGGAUCCCUGGAGCUGACAGUGAUGAAGAAUCAAAAACGCCGUCCCCAUCUCCGCGACAUGGCAGAUCCCGGCCUUCAUCAACUGCUCAGGAGUCUUCCUCUGAGUCCGAUGAAGGGGAUGCCAGAGGAGAGAUUUUCGACAUCUAUAUGGUCACUGCGGACUAUACGCCCAUGGGUGCUGACCGUGAAACUAUCGCCCUGAAGGAAGGGCAGUAUGUGGAGGUCCUGGAUUCUGCUCAUCCUCUGAAGUGGCUGGUUAGGACCAAACCCACCAAGUCCAGCCCCUCUCGGCAAGGCUGGGUUUCUCCAGCCUACUUGGAUAAGAGACUGAAGCUGUCAGCUGAUUGGGGAGUUCUGGAGGUUCCGGAGUUCCAUGGGGAAUCCGUUUCCGAGGAUGACUACAAGAAGAAACUGAGCCGCAUUAUUCAGGACAUGCUGAACUCAGAGGAGGAGUUCGUAAAGGACUUACAGUUCCUGCAGUCCCAUCAUAUCCAGUACACGGAGACCUGCCCCAACAUCCCGGCUGCUGUUUCCAGCCAGAAGCUCAUCGUCUUCAGAAACAUCACCGAGAUCACUCACUUCCAUUCCAACACCCUCUUCCCAGAGCUUCAGAAAUGUGACACUGACGAUGAUGUGGCCAUGUGUUUUAUUAAGAAUGAGGGGGACUUCGACAAGUACAUCCAGUAUCUGGUGGGUCGGAUACAGGCCGAGUCUGUCGUUGUCAGCAAAAUGGUUCAGGAGUUCUAUAAGCGAUAUGCAGAUAUGCUGUCUAGCGAGGACCCCUCUCAGCCUCCUGUACUUCCUCUGCAGCACUAUCUAGAGAGGCCAAUAAACAGAAUUCAGAAGUAUCAAAUAAUAAUCAAGGAAUUAAUCCGAAACAAAGCAAGGAGCAAUCAGAACUGCACACUGUUGGAGCAAGCUUACGCUAUCGUCUCUGCUCUCUCGCGGCGAGCAGAAAACAACCUCCACGUGUCACUCAUUGAGAAUUAUCCAGGAACCCUUGAAAUCCUGGGCGAGCCCAUCCGACAGGGGCAGUUCAUUGUGUGGGAGGGGGCACCCGGAUCCAGAAUGGCCUGGAAGGGUCACAAGCGGCACGUCUUCCUCUUCAAGAAUUACCUCUUAGUCUGCAAGCCCAAACGAGACACGAAGACAGACACUUACAGCUACAGCUUCAAGAACAUGAUGAAGCUAUCAAACAUAGAUGUAAAUGAUCUGGUCGAAGGAGAUGACCGAGCGUUUGAAAUUUGGCAUGAGCGGGAAGACUCGGUCCGUAAAUAUUUGUUUCAAGCCCGGACCGUCAUCAUCAAGAAUUCUUGGGUGAAGGAAAUCUGUGGUAUCCAGCAUCGCAUCAGCCUGCCAGUAUGGGAUCCACCGGACUUUGAGGAGGAACUGGCCGACUGUACAGCUGAACUUGGCGAAACUGUCAAAUUAGCUUGCCGUGUAACAGGAACUCCCAAGCCAGGGGUCUCCUGGUAUAAAGACGGUAAACCAGUGGAAGUGGAUCCACACCACAUUAUCAUCGAAGAUCCUGACGGCUCCUGCACUUUGAUCCUUGACAAUUUGACUGGUGCUGAUUCAGGACAAUAUUUGUGCUUCGCUGCCAGCCCCGCUGGCAAUGCCAGCACAUUGGGAAAGAUCAUUGUUCAAGUUCCUCCUCGGUUUGUGAACAAGGUUAAACAUGCGUAUUAUGCUGAUGGUGAAGACGCACAGUUUACAUGCACCAUUGAAGGAUCGCCUUUUCCACAGAUCAGGUGGUAUAAAGAUGGAAAUCUGUUGACUGACCCAAAUAAGCACCAGAGUUUCAGUGAGCAACGAAGUGGCGUGAUUGUCCUUGUGAUAAAAAAUGCCUGUAAGGACGACGUAGGAUUCUACGAGUGUGAGCUGGUGAAUAGACUAGGGACAGCCAAGAGUGGUGCACAGCUCUACCACCAGAGCGCGGCUGCAUUGGCUCAAGAGAGGAAAGCGGAUCAAGCCAUUACAAUUGAAGCUGAACAGCAGGAAACUUCUGGUAAGAUUCCAGACAAAACUGCAAAACUGCCCACUCCAAGUGUUGUUCAGAGAGAUGCAAUUGUCCCAGACGAUGGCAUUCAAGAGCGCACUGUUCCUGUUGCAAGAACACCCCAAAUCGUGGCGGGAGCCGACGUCCUGCCGGAGCUGCAGAGGCAAGUUUGCGUUGAGACCACGGAGCGGACCUCUAUGGCGGAGAAGAGCGCAGCAACCCCUCCGUACAUGCAUGUGACGAUUGAGGACGUGCUGGUUCGGUGCGGGGAGAUGGCGAAGUUUGAAGCCAUUAUUGAAGGAAAUCCUCAACCAACUGUUGCUUGGUUUAAGGGUAUUUCCUUAUUGACAGAUAGUGAAAGAGUCCGUCGGUUCAGCGAAGACGUUAGAUACUCUUUAAUCCUGUACAAGACAAGACCAGAAGAUGGUGGCGUCUACACUUGCAUGGCGAAAAAUGCCAGAGGAGAGGUCGUAUGCAAAGCAGAAUUAGUGGUGCAAGAAGACAAGAAAAGCCAAGAAGCCAAGAAACAGAGCACAAGAAGAAAGCUCCAUUCCUUCUAUGAGGUUAAGCAAGAAAUAGCAAGGGGUUCCUUUGGCUUUCUCAAGAAGGUUGUCCAUAAAGACAACCGAACACUCUGUGCAGCCAAAUUUAUACCACUGCGCAGCAAGACAAGGGAUCAGGCCUAUCGAGAGAGGGAUAUUCUCGCCACGCUGUCCCAUGACCGGAUCACUCGGCUUCUAGAUGAGUUUGAGACGCGGAAAACCUUGAUCCUUAUUUUAGAGCUAUGCUCUAAUGAAGAACUCUUGGACAGGUUGUUCAGGAAGAAUGUGGUGACGGAAGCAGAGGUCAAGCUAUAUAUCAGACAGCUUUUAGAAGGGAUUGCAUACAUCCACGAGAACAAAAUAUUGCAUUUGGACAUUAAGCCCUCAAACAUCUUGAUGGUUUACGAUGACAGAGACGACAUUAAGAUCUGCGAUUUUGGCUUUGCGCAAAAGAUAAAUCCGACUGAGCCUCAGUACAGUAAAUACGGGUCUCCGGAGUUUGUCUCCCCAGAAAUUCUUUCUCAGUCACCAGUGUCAAUGGCAUCUGAUAUCUGGCCUGUUGGAGUUAUUAGCUAUUUAAGCUUGACUUGCAAGUCUCCGUUUGCUGGAGAAAAUGACAGAGCCACCCUACUGAAUAUUCAAAACGGGACGAUCUCAUGGGACAUUCCGGAUUUCGUUUGUCUGAGCGCAGAUGGAAAGGAUUUUAUCAGAAAGAUACUGCAACACUCAGCAAAGGCAAGACCGAGUGCCAAGGACUGCCUCUCCCACAGAUGGUUUGUGGAAAACAUUCCACACGAGGAAGCUCAUUUUAUAGAUACGAAGCAGCUCAAAUUCUUUGUGUCUCGAAGCAAGUGGCAGCGUUCUCUUAUGAGCUAUAAAUCUGUGCUGGUAAUGAGACCCAUCCCAGACAUCCUGGAGAAAACUCAGAAAAACACUUCUCUUGGCAUCUCUCGAAACCUGGUGGAAGACAGCAGUUCAACGAGCAGCAGCGGUUCAUCUUCAGACAACGAGUUUUCAGCACCUCCGGGGAAAAGACACUUCGGUCCCAUUCCAGAACUUCAUUUGUCUGUGCUAGAUGGGUCAAAUUAUCCAGAAUUCCCGCAACACCCAGCAGAAACUAAAUACCCCGAAGCCUCACUUCUGCCAGCACUCAAGCCUCCAAUACACAAACCAGUGAUGGGGGAACUGGGCGAUAAGCGAUUGCACAGAAGUGAAGAACCAGUCAUCAGUUCUUUUGUUCAAGAGGUGGAGGGAAUCUGUCCGGAGCGAAAAGAAGUGCAAAGGGGCCAUUCCUUGGAAAAAGGCGACAAGAGAGCUUUACAGCCAGAGGCAGGCUCUGCAGAAGUGUUUCACCCACCAUCUCCACAGGAAAAAGACAGUUUGUUGCUACCUGAAGAAGGUAAAAAAGCUGAAGUAGGAAGGUCCCCUGGGUGCGUUCCCAGACACAGCGUCAUAAAAAGCACAUUCUACAGCCGGACGUCAGAGAGCCUUGCAAACGUACCUUCUUCUCCAGGCAAAGAACAUCAGAAACAUUUAGAAAGAGCCAAGAGAACCUAUAGGAAAGCAGGAUAUUCCAAGUCCUCUCUAAGCGGUCUGCGUGAACCUCUUCUGGAGCAGUUUCAGUUGGGGGAAGGAGGAGGAGGAUUAUCCGGCGAAGAGGAAACUGGAAGGUGCAGAGAAGGGGGAAUUGGCCCCUUGACCAAAUCAGCUUCCUUUGAUUCCGCCCAGAAAUCGCCACGAGUUACUUUUGAGGUUUCCACCAGAAGCCGCUCUCUGGACGAUUAUAGGAUACGAGCGGCGAGCUUUGCCGAGGAGCAAUACAUCGAAGAGGAAGAUUCUGAACUGAUUCCCCAGGGCAGCCCCACGGAAGCAGCUCGUCAGCCUCACCUUUCCGAAGGUGGCUUUGGAAAGACUUCUGCAAAGGACAGCUCAAAAAUAACUACGAAGGAGCAACCGGUAUUGUUGGCGCAGCGGGGUGGAAAGCAAAGUUCAGUCGUGGACGUUCAGCAGCAAGAGAAAGCUGCGAUUUCAACACAGCAACCUGGAAAAGAGGAAAGCUCACUUGAGAAACCUAAGCCACCUCUUUCUACUAAGAUGGGAACAGCGGUUCUAGGAGGAGAAGGCAUGAUUCUAACUACUGAACCAUCAGAUUCCCCCUUGGCAUCAGCUGAAAAGAAGGCAAGUGAGGAACAGUUACAGCAGACAUCCAAAGAAUCCGUUUUCAGGGGUGCAGUACCUGUUUCUUUCAAGGGAGAGAGCUCACAAUCAGAGACAGUCCCAUUGGUUUCCCACGAUGCUGAGGGAGCAAGACAUCUCCCUCAUGAGGCAAAACCCACUUCUCUCCAGGGCUCCCAAAGACCUGGAGUUCUCCAAGGUGAAAGCCACGAUUUCGUAAAGCCUGCCCCAGGUCUAGGGACAAUUAGAAGCGGGGACGUCUUGCCUCAGAUGCCUUCGGUUCAGGGUGAGCUACAAAAAGUUGUUACAGUGAGAGGGAAGAGCCCAGAAGUCGAACAGACUGACCCAGUGGGGGACACCCGUUCGCUUUUUCAGCCUGUCGCCCAGGAGGGCAGAACUUCAGAUAUUCCAAUUUUGCAGGCAGGUACUUCUGCUUUGUCAGCCCUUGAGGGGAAAGACCAGAAAAUUCUACCUCAGAAACAAUUAGCACCCGGUUUAUCAAAAACGGCUGUAUUGGAGGGGAAAGGUCCAGUCAGUUUAACUAUUUCUCAAGCAGAACCAAUGCCAGUUUUGAUCUCUGAAACUCAGAAGAUUGCACAUGAGACACCUACCACGCCUGGUGAGAUGAAGACAUCUGUUAUACCGUGGGAAGACCUUUUUUGUAUAGACACUCCACCAAUAUGGGACACUGACGGAGAAAGCCAGAGCACGCUACCGAAGAAACCCGCUGAUUUCAGUGAGGUGGUUUCGAGUGUCCUAUCAAGUGCAAUUUCUCAAGCAGAACCAGUGCCAGUUUUGAUCUCUGAAAGUGAAACUCAGAAGAUUGCACACGAGACACCUACCACGCAUGGUGAGAUGAAGACGCCUGUUAUACCGGGGGAAGACCUUUUUUGUAUAGAGACUCCACCUAUAUGGGACUCUGACAGAGAAAGCCAGAGCACGCUACCAAAGAAACCCUCUGAUUUCAGUGAGGUGGUUUCGAGUGUCCUAUCAAGUACAAUUUCUCAAGCAGAACCAAUGCCAGUUUUGAUCUCUGAAACUCAGAAGAUUGCACAUGAGACACCUACCGCGCAUGGUGAGAUGAAGACGCCUGUUAUACCGGGGGAAGACCUUUUUUGUAUAGAGACUUCACCUAUAUGGGACACUGACGGAGAAAGCCAGAGCACGCUACUGAAGAAACCCUCUGAUUUCAGUGAGGUGGUUUCGAGUGUCCUAUCAAGUGCAAUUUCUCAAGCAGAACCAGUGCCAGUUUUGAUCUCUGAAAGUGAAACUCAGAAGAUUGCACACGAGACACCUACCACGCAUGGUGAGAUGAAGACGCCUGUUAUACCGGGGGAAGAGCUUUUUUGUAUAGAGACUCCACCUAUAUGGGACACUGACGGAGAAAGCCAGAGCAUGCUACCGAAGAAACCCUCUGGUUUGAGUGAGGCGGUUUCCAGUGUCCUGACGAGUGCAAUUUCUGUUACCCAAACUGCUUCCCAAAAAGAAAUUGCCCCCCUAUCUCUGCCUGCUGGGGAAAGCCAUAAGGGAUUGCCUCCAAUGUCCUCCAUUCACAGCGAAGCGGUGUCUGUUCUCAGUGAGAAGAAAAGUCCCCCUCAGCAAGCAGAAGCCAUCCAGACAUUGAUCCAUGAAGAUCAACGCCAUGACCAGCUAUACCAGAAAUCCUUUGUUCCGAGUGAAAGGAAGCCUGAAGCUUUUGAGGAAGGAAGGCAACCUCUCAGAAGUGUUCUGAGUCCAGAAGAGAGACAACCUCUCAGAGGUGUUCUGAGACCAGGCCUAGAUUUAGCUUCUGCUGGUGGAAGUCAGAAACGUGGACAUGAGGAACAUUUGAUACACACUGAGGUAAUUUCUACUGUCCCAAAGGGCAAAAGUCCACAGGUCUUAAAGGCUUCAGAAGCUAAAACGACUCCAGUGUCUAGCUUUGGAGCUGAAAAUCAAGAACUCCUAUACUCUAUACCCUCUGAUCUCAGUGAGGCCAAGCCUUCUGUUAUGAAGGGACAACGACCAUCUAGUUCAGCCAUUUCCCAAGCAACAACAGUGCCAUUUUCCUUAUCUGAGAGCGAAAGCAUGGGCACAACAAAGAGAGCCCCGGUAAGAAGUAGAGAAGCUGUGCAUCAGAAACCUCCUGUUUACAGUGAGGAAGAGGCAAAAGCUUUGGAGAGCUUGGUGGAUGAGAUGGUUGUCCUGUCAAAAGAGAUGAAUGUUUUGGCGGAAUCAGUUUCUGACCAAGAGGGCGCCACGGGACACAUCUCCCCACCAAGGGAGGUAUUCUACCAAGGCCCCCCUGGACAAGCAUUAAGGCCAGUGUCCAGGUUUCUUGUGAGAAAGGGGAAAAGAGAAGGGGGCAUUGGCUUAGCCGAUCCCUCAGAGGCAGACGUUAUAUAUCCUGGUGAAGAAGAGUAUUUCAGUAGGCCGCCUUUUAUGAGUAAGAAAGCCAGAAUGGCAGCUCCUUUUGAAGGCAGAGGCCUGGAAGAUAUAGGGAUAGAAAUGCCAGCGGCAUCUCAGUUUACCAGCUCUGACUAUGGAGACAGAUUCUGCUAUUAUUCAGGAAGCGACCGAUCGUACGAAAUUGCCUUAGUGCAAAUUGGAGACCUCUGGGACGAUAUGCCUCGUCCGGACAGCAAGACGGCAAAGUUUGACAUCUCUGAGGUAGAGCCGGCCUUCCUCAAUCUGUACGAACUCUAUGACAUUGUUUAUUACCCAUUUGAGUUCUUUAGUUUCAGAAAAGCCCCUGAGAAACUACCCAGCAAAAGACACCUGCCUUUGGGGGGAAAGGCAAGGUUGUCUCCUGGUUUAGAAGCCCAUUUCCAUCAAGAUAAAAAAAUGUGCCUUCAGGAUACUAUGAGGGAAGCUUCCAGAGAGGAAGAGACGGCUGCCCUAGAGUCGGUGAGAGAGUCCGAUGGAGCCAAAGCACUCCGAAAGGGGAAAAGGUCGGACUCGGAAGGUGACCUGCCCACUGGGUCUCAGCAGAUAUAUGGCCUCCCCGCAGACCCCACCGGGAAGCGGAGGAGCUCUUUACAAAGCAGACUGGGAGCUUUCAAACCCUUUGUUAGGUCUCAGUCCAUGGAGCUGAUAGAACAAAGCCUGAAGAAGAAGAUGAAAGCGUCGGUCGCCCACCUGUCCAGAAUGCUGACGAGAAAGCCGUCCCCCGAUCAGAGAAGCAGGGAAGGCUCAGAGGAGCGAAAGGGUGACCUCCGUGAGAGGGAGUCCUUGACAGAGGCUUCCGGAACUUUAAAGAAAAAGACAGGGUUCCCAUCAUUUACUCUGCCAAGCCUCAAAACCAAGGAAAAAGCACCUUCUUUUGUGGAGGAGCUCACGGACCAGACAAUCGCCUCCGGGCAAUCGGUGACACUAUCCUGCCGGACUUCUGCACGUUCAUCUCCUCACGUUGAAUGGUUCAAAGAUGGGGCCGCCAUUCGCAGCACGGACAGGAUCCUGAUCUCAUCCACGCUCAAACACUACCAGCUUUUAACUAUAUUAGCAGCUAGAAAGGAGGAUUUUGGAACUUACACCUGUGUGGCCACCAAUUCCCAGGGCACCGUCUCCACUUCCUGUGUAAUAAGGAAAGCAGAGGCUCCGUCCAACCCUCCAUCUCCUGAUAUCGUUGAGAUCCUUGAGGAUGGAGUGCAGCUGGCCUGGAAGCCGGUGGAACUCCACACCCCUGUGACUUACACUGUUCUGUGCAGGAAGGAAGACGGAGAGUGGAAGACGCUGGCCAGUGAUAUCUCCAACUGCUGCUACACUGCCAGGAAUCUGCCCUGGGGUUUGGUCUGCUCCUUCCGGAUUGCCUGCGUCAGCAAAGCCGGCGUGGGGCCUUACAGCAACCCUUCUGCCAAAGUGAAAAUCGGUGAAAAAGAUCAAGCAGCAUUCCAGUCUUCUGACACAGAGGACGGCAAAAUGACAGCUCCGGCUCAGCCGACCCACCAAACCUACGCCUUCCAGACAGAGAUCAAAAGAGGGCGCUUCAGCAUCAUCAAACAGUGCCGAGAGAAGCUCAGCGGGAAUGCCCUAGCGGCCAAAAUCAUCCCUUACCGAGCAGACGACAAGGAACUGGUGCUGCAGGAGUAUCAGGUCCUGAGGAAGCUCCACCACACCCAUGUUGGACAGCUGCAGGGGGCUUAUGUCAGCCCACGCCACCUGGUCCUCAUCCUGGAGCUGUGUGUUGGGCCCGAGCUGCUUCACGCCCUGGCCGGAAGGUCCUCCUAUUCCGAGAUGGAAGUCCGAGACUAUCUGUGGCAGAUACUCACUGCUGUUGAGUUCCUCCACUCUCAGAAUAUCCUGCACUUGGAUUUGAGGUCUGAGAAUAUGAUCAUCACGGAACCAAACCUGCUUAAACUCCUAGACUUUGGCAAUGCACAGUUCUAUGCUCCAGACAGAGUAAUUACUCUGGACGGGUGCACAGACUAUGUGGAAACUAUGGCUUCGGAACUUCUGUCGGAUAAAGGCGCUGUCCCACAGACCGAUAUUUGGGCUGUUGGCGUAACUGCUUUCAUCAUGCUGAGUGCUGAAUAUCCCAUCAGCUCCGAGGCAGCCUGUGACUUUGGGAGACUCGUCAAACGAGAGAAAAUCAAGCUGAACCGAUGCUACGCUGGGCUCUCUGGGGGCGCCGUCUCAUUCCUCCAAGGCACACUUUCCUCUAACCCAUGGAGGAGACCAUCUGCCUCUGAAUGUCUUCAGUCCCCCUGGCUGCAGGAGACUGGCCUGGAUGAGAGGCAACAAGCCACAGUGACUUUUUCUUCCACCAAACUGAGGAAUUUUGUAGCCGAGCGGGAAAGGAAGAGGGCCUUGCUGUGUUCCAAGUACGGCUUGAUGACCGUGUAGAAGGACAAUUCCGGGCACCGUAAUGGUGAGACCAUCUACACCGGAUGCUUGCUACCUAACAUGCUAUGAUUUCUGACUUGGACUGGAAAGGAACAGGUGCUGUCUUCAGGCUAAGACACGAAUAAGGACUGUGACUGAUUUGCAUAUUUACGGUGUGUGCCCUUAACAUAAUCAUUUAUGCAUCUUCAUGGAUGGAGUGGACACUCAACUGUGGAUGGAGUGGACACUCAACCGUGGUUUAUGAAAACUUGAUAUCAGCUAAGGACAGGUGAAACAGCCAUGGAUUUCACACACAUGCAAGCAAGACAGGGAAUAAAUAUUAAAGAAAACGUCACAAUCCAAAAAGUAGAAUAAACUGCUUAGGGAUCUUAUGGAAUCUCCUUUCUUGUGGAGUUUACAGGGAAAGAAUAGCCAAGAAUCUCUGAAUCUCUUCCCGGUCUGUGAUUCAAAUGUGAAAAAUAAAAGUAAGCCCUGGAAACGGUUUUGUGCAAGGACUUAGGAUUAGGAAUCAUUAACUGAAAUAGCUGAAUGUAGUUUUCAUCAUUAACGUUCUUCCUUGUUAAAUAUUACCAGGUUUGGAUCACAGCCAGCUAUGGAAUGUAAUACACAACAUACAUUAUUAAACGUGCUGUGUUGUAGCCCAGGGUGCCUUUCUAGCAUUGGAAAAGCAAGAGGAGAACAAUAUGAGCUUCUUGGCCCACUGGGGAGAAAGGAAGGAGGGAAGAAAGAAAGAAAAGAAAUAUACUGUAUUAUAUUUCAUUAUACACAGAUAGUCUGCAUUCAAAGUAUCUCCCUCUUUUGCUGUAAGAGCCAGAUUUGGUGCCUUCAUCUCACAAAACCAUAGUUUAAACUAGCUGUGGUUAAUAAACCAGAUACUGGCUUCAUAUACUGGUUUGAUGGGCCCUAAGUGACCACUACUAAUGGAAUGGCCUUCAAUCACAUAAGCCAUGGUUACUUGAUUUCGACAAUGAUUUUUUGUGAUGUCUGGGAGACGAAGGCAUCUCAUGCCCCUGAAUGUCAACCUUGAGCCAGCUACCUGAACACGGCUUCUGCCGGGAUCGAACUCAGGUUGUGAGCAGAGCUUGGGCUGCAGCUCUGCCGCUUACCACUCUGCGCCACGGGGCAGAGUCAUAAAAGAGAUGUGUUCCAACUACAGGAUGCAUAGCUUGGCAGCACAGCUUGUGCAGUUGGUGGGCACCCAUAAAGACAUUCAGUAAUGACUCGGUACUUGCACAGGGGACUACCUUUACCUUUUAAAGUCUGUGAAGUACCACUAAAGGUAGCCACAGGCUGCGGUAAUUACCUGCUAAUUUUACAGGACGUAAUGAACUCUGGACGCACUGUCUGUACUUCUGUUGAGAUGCUAUCUCGAGGGCAUUACUUCUUAGGAAAUAAAUACCUGCUGGUACAGUGCAUUUCGAGAUCCUAUUACUACCUGGUUACUAGAAAUCUACAAGCAUCAUUUGAGUGCCUAUAUUUCCACGUGUAAAAAGAUAUGUUCAUGUCGGAGAAUCUUUCAUAGUCUUAUAUUUGGGGGAGACCCAUGUAGUUUUAUAGUUUGGGUUGCUUUCUCUAGCAAAGAAAAAAGAUAUAGAUAUAUAAUAUAGGGAUUCCUUUCUCAGCAUAACUAAAAAGUAAUCUGUAGUCAAAAUGUUUCCCAUUUUGCUAUGGAAGUCUUCCUAGAUUGGUUUCUCCUCCUGGCCAAGGUAGCAUGCAGUGUUCAAAGUUUUCAGUAUUCAGUUAGUAGAGUGAGCAAAUCUGUACGGUUGUUUUUUAAAUACAACCUUGGAAGAGAAAAGCCAGUUUCUAGCAACCUUUUGAUUCCCAACCCCCCCCCUCAUUCAAUAAGCCAAACACUCCAUUAAUUUGCAUGUUCUUCAUUGUCUACAGUAGCUAUUGUGGGAUUGUUCAAUUGUUUGACAUUGCAUAGUGGUGAUACUCAUUUUUCCCCUGUGUGGAAUGAAUCCCCUUGUUUUUGUAAGCUUCUGUCAAACAAUUAAAUGCUUAUAUGCAACUUCUGUUAUAUCCCGUUCCUUGCACCACGUGCUCUUCUCUCACUGCAAAAAGUAAACAGUAAAAGGAAAAGCUUAUCUCAAGUCAUGUUGGUGCGGAGUUGGAUGAAGAAAUUGCUUCCUUAUCGUGACAGUAUAAUGUCACACAGUUGUGACUGGGGCACGUUUCUAAACUGUUGACUCUAGAUUUGGGUUUGGAUGAAAAAGCAUCUGUCCAUAAUCUAGCUUGAAGGAUGAUGCAAAUGCCAUAUAUUUAGGAUGGGCAAUAGCAAUUGCCCUUUCCAUGCAACAUGAUAGACAGGAUCAAAUAUUUGCUACGGGUCCUUUUGAUAAUGAGUAUUUCUGAGAAUUAAAAUAUUUGCAGAGGUUUGCAAAGGUUUCUUAUCCCUGAAAUAGUUUUAAUUAGGUUGUUGCAGAACGUUGAAUUUCAAAAUAAGCGAUCUCCAUUGUCCAAUGCAAAGAGUCUGGCUUUUGUAAUAAACUAAAGGUCUCGCUUCCAUUCCCUCAAGUUUCUUUCCAGUAUUCAUACCUGUGAGGUGAAAAUCUAGUUCAGAAGAAAGGAAGUUUUUCCACAAAUCACUGGGCCUUACUAAAUUUGCUGUCUUUUAAAAGUUGCCCCAGUUUUGUUCGUUGAGAUUUGAGCCAAUAAGUGGAGGAAAGGUGGUUUUAAAAAAUUUUUAACAUAGGAUUUGGUUCAUUAAACACUCAGCUUCUGGGCUCCCAACAUCUGUAUAUGAUGUGAAUGCAGUGAAUUUAUUUCUCUUUUGUUUCUGAGCACGGCUGAGGCACAGGACAGAUAUUGCAUCUGACAGGAAUCUUUUUAGUCAGAUAUGACAUCAGCGAAUAAACAUUCCCAGGCGGUCUGGGACCCAAUUCGUCUCGGGAGUGCAGAGGUGAAGGAAGGCACUUGAGCCUUCCCACCCAUGCCUUUUUCACAAGCUGAAACUGCUGUGGAGGGUACCCGCACAUCAGGGCAAAUGGGAUCCCAUGCAGCCAUUUUGUCUUGAGAAGAUGGUGUAUAAGUGAAGGCUGGGAAACACUCCCUCAUCCAGCUCUACACUUCUGAGCCAAAUCGGGUCCCAGAGCAUGUGGGAAUAUUAGUUCCUUGAUGUCAUGUCUGGCUGUAAAAAGAACAGAAUCAGGUUCAGGGGGAAAUCUUGAGCCAUGACAGACGUAGCAUUUGGUUUGUACCUGAAGGUAUUUAUGAAUAUAAUGUUUUGUUAAAUAUAUUAAUUUAAUAAAGACUUUAUCCAGA